AUGAACUCACCCGGCUGGGAUGCUCUCCAUUCCCUUCACAGAGCCAUCACCUCUCCCCUAUUGAAUGGCCCAAUCCUCGCUACCCUCAACUUCGCGCCCGAUUCUGUCCGUCAACUUUUGCAAACCCUUGCUGAGCGCUUCCCUUGGCUACACGUAUCCCCCUCUUUUGUGAACACACCACAGCUCGUCUGGAUACUCAAAGCGCUGUUCUUGUUUGGAGUCAUUGACAGACUCAACAAGCUUGCGAAUUCCAUCGCCGCCAACAACUUCCGCCUGACUGCUGCCACCGGCUGGGACUGGCCGAACGAAGUCGCCGUCGUCACGGGCGGCUCCGGUGGAAUUGGCAGACACAUCUGCGAACAGCUUGCUGCAGCUGGCGUCCGAGUUGCUGUUCUCGAUGUUCAGGAGCUGCCAAAGGCCCUGGAAAGUAAUCCACGCAUUCGCCACUACAGCUGUGACAUCACCUCUGAGGAUUCUAUUGCUGCUGCCGCCACUGGCGUCCGAAUGGACUUUGGGCAUCCGUCCAUUCUUGUCAACAAUGCCGGGUACACACGGCCGGCCCCUAUCCUUCAGACUCCUCCCUCUGUAGUACGCACGGUGUUUGGUGUCAACUCCAUCAGUAUGUGGCUCACAACACAGGAAUUCCUCACACACAUGAUCAUGCAGAAUAAGGGGCAUGUGGUGACGGUUGCCAGCAUUGUCUCUUUUGUAACGCUUCCAAGCUCAGCCGAUUACUGUGCAACAAAAGCGGCAGCGCUUUCAUUCCACGAGGCGCUGAAGGUAGAGCUACGGAAUAUAUACAAAGCGCCCAAUAUUCUAACCUCGAUCGUUCAUCCUUACUUUGCGCAGACGGCGCUUGUUGAAGACAUCAAAGGCGUUCUUGACAGCACAGGCGUGAGGAUGCUUCCUGCGGAGAAGGUUGCUGAGCAGAUUGUCGGCCAAGUUCUCAGCAAGAAAGGAGGGCAGGUGAUGGUUCCCCGGAAUAUUGGGGUCAUUUCCAGGUUUAGGGGGCUUCCAUUAUGGCUACAAGAGGUUGUUCGAAAUGGGAUUGGAAUUUUAGCAGCCCGUCACAUACUGAAGGACAAAAGUAGCUGA